UGCCGAGCUCCGGGACCGCCAAGAUGUUGGUGGCUUUGGACGUGUUCUGUCUGUUGCUGGUCAGCAUCCCCACCCUGCUCUGUGAGAGCGGUUACGUAGCACCCCACUUCCAGGGCUUCUUUUGCGACGACAACACUAUCCAAUACCCUCGGGUGUCCAAUUAUGCCAUCGAGGACUCGGCACUCAUCACCAUGGACUUCUUAAUCUGCAUCUUCAUGAUCAGCCUCGGAGAGAUGAUCCGUGUCCGGAGCCUGCAGCUGAGCUCGCCAGCCUUAUUAAACAGCACCUACAUGGUCAUGGUCUACAAGCAUCUGGGCACCUUCAUCUUCGGCGGCAUGGCCAGCUACUCCCUGGCAAACAUUGCCAAAAUGACCACCGGGAGCCUGCGGCCCCACUUCCUGGCCGUGUGCCAGCCAGACCCAACCUCCUUCAAAUGCGACAGCGGCUACAUCACCAACUACACCUGCACCGGGCAGCCUGCCGACAUCCUCAAUGCCAGGCAAGUGGGCGGGUGGGGAGCAUCCCUUCCCCACCCCAGCCACCGCUGAUCUCUGCCCUCCUUCCUGCCCAUCUCCCAGGAAAUCCUUCUAUUCUGAGCACGCCUCCUUCGGGAUGUACUGCAUGGUGUAUCUGAUGCUCUAUGUGCAGGCCCGCUACUGGGGACAGAAGACCAAGCUGUUGCGACCAACCAUCCAGUUCCUCUUCUUAUCACUGGCUCUGCUCACGGGCUACAUCCAGACCUUAGACCAUUGGCACCACCCCUACGACAUGGUCUUCGGAUUCCUGCUGGGAGCCUUGAUGGCUUUCUGGGUGGCUUUCUAUAUCUCUGGACUGUCUCUGUAUCGGGCAAUGCCAGGUCCCAGCAGCCCCGGGCACUAGAAGGCCACCCUCUGCUCUCCAUUCUCUUGCCUCUUGCCCUCCCUCCAGAUUCCUCCCCUGAGGGCCAUCAGGGAGCCCAAGGGAUGCUCUGAGAUAGAAAAAGAUAGUGGUCUCUGCAUGGCCUGUACUUUCCAAGGAGCUGUCCCUUCCCAGGUGAGCUAACCAAGGAACCCCCCCCCCAACUGCUGAGUCUACACCCCAAUUCAGCCGUGUCCUGGCAGGGUGACACAGGAAAACCCCAUUUUUCCAGGACUGAGCCCAUACUCCUAAAUCAUCCCCUCCCAGCAGGGCCACUUCUGUUUUUAUUCUUUUUUUAAGAUUCUUGAUAUAUUAAAAAGUUAAGAAAUGCCAA